ACCAUCAGGAACAGAGUUUGUCCAAACGGGACUCCGUACUUACGUUGUACUCGGGGGGAAACAUGGCGGCCACCCUGGCGAGAAGACUGCCCGGGCUGCUAAGGCCACUGUCUCUCUCUGUAAGCGCCAGAACGCAUCAGCUCUGUCAGCUAUCCAACCUCAUCCAGCCUACACCUCUGUACGGUUCCGCUACAGCCGCUGUCCGCGCUCCUCUCCAGGGUGCGGUGUGGCAGACACCCCGGUACAGCAUCCUGCAGCGGGUGUCAGCACUUGUUCCAAAUCUAAUUCAGCAGCCAAGUAGAAAUCUGACGUACUACAGUGUGAAGAAGGGGAAGAGGAAGAGUGUGAAGUCUGUAACGGAGAGGUUCAUGAGGCUGCACUGUGGCCUUUGGAUCAGACGUCAGUCAGGAUACAAGAAGAAACUGUGGAAGAAGCUGCCUGCCAGACGAAAGCGCCUGAGGGAAAUCGUGUUCUGCAACAAAACACAGAGCAAGCUUCUGGAUAAAAUGACAACGUCUUUUUGGAAAAGGAGAAAUUGGUACGUCAACGAUCCAUACAUGAAGUACCACGAUCGGGUCAACUUCAAACAGUAAUUUGCUGAUUCAUGUACUGCUGUAUUGUCUUCUGCUUGAAUAUAAAGUGAUAUUGUUGUACACAUA